AUGUUCGGCGCAUUCAAACCAUCAGCGCCACUCUCGGGAGGAUUGUUAUGGAAGAUCCCAUGGCGGCUUUCACCACCUCAGAAGCUACGGCACCGUCGUCGUAUGCGCCGAGUCGAUAAUGUAGUCUCAGUGCUAGACACGGCACUCAAGAGACAAGCUGUCACCGUCGUUCCACCUUCCUCAAGACCACAACAUAGCACCACUUCCACCGACACUGCACCAGCACAAGCACCUACACAAUCCUCAAGCAACAUCAAAGCGACACCUUCGGAGCUAUUACAGACAGCACAGGGCCAACGCAUCCUCGAGAACGAAGCAACACAAUCCCAGCAACAGCUCCGACACGGGCGAGGACCACGACAAGGGGAAGUCAUGCCUGGAUCAUCACAUACGCGAACAGGAGAUGCGGCGCGAAGGGAAGGAACAAUCAAGCUUAUUGAGCGAUGGAAGGUGGAUAUGCCUACAGAGCAAGAGAUGCUGCCGAAGGACAAAUACACCAUGUUUGAUCGUAAGGCGAGAGGAUACAGGAAAGGUGUGCACAAGUUGCCAAAGUGGACGAGGGUCAGUCAGAGGCUGAACCCACCUGGAUUCUGA